GCGACCGACCGGAGAAAGCGGCUCGGGUCCCCGCGGCGGCGCGUCCUCCUGGUGGAACCCGCAUAAAUGUUGAAAAUAUUUCCUGUGAAGCUUAAGAAUCCCUGAUUGUGGAAGUGUCCCCCAAAGCACCAUUAACUAUAAAGUGAGAAAAAGUAUGAAAGAGCCAUCUGGUUGAGUCUACAAUUUGAAGACCACCACAUCCACCAGAAGAUCCAGGAUGGAUCUGCAUCAAAGCACCACCAUCACAUUUCUUGAGAAAUGGUGUUCGGAUAAGUCACCAUCUGGCUGCCGGAGACAUUGUAAUGUGAGGAAAAAACUGAAGUUAAUUCGAAUCUUAGGCCUUUUCAUGGGCCUAGUAGCAAUUAGCACCAUUCCAUUUUCAAUCAGUGCCUUUUCUGAGGCAGAGGCACAGAGCACAGGAGAAGCGAAUGAUGCAAAUGGCCCUAGGGUAGCACACAGUCACUGGCAAAGAACUCUCUUAGAUUUCAAUGACAAGAUCCAGGAUUACACUCCACAGCCACCUCUUUCUCACGAAGGCAAGUCUGAGAAUAGUACAGAUGACGUCCAAGGAGACUACCCAAGAGACAUCUUUUCCCUGGCGGAGCGAAGAAAAGGCGCCAUCAUUCUCCAUGUCAUUGGAAUGAUCUACAUGUUUAUAGCCUUAGCCAUUGUCUGCGAUGAGUUCUUUGUUCCUUCUUUGACUGUCAUCACUGAAAAACUGGGCAUCUCUGAUGAUGUGGCUGGAGCCACCUUUAUGGCUGCAGGGGGCUCUGCGCCAGAACUUUUCACAUCACUCAUAGGGGUAUUUAUUGCUCACAGCAAUGUCGGCAUAGGCACAAUUGUGGGCUCAGCAGUGUUCAAUAUCCUCUUUGUCAUUGGAAUGUGCGCUCUGUUUUCUAGAGAAAUCUUAAACUUGACGUGGUGGCCGCUUUUUCGAGAUGUGUCCUUCUACAUCGUUGACUUGAUCAUGCUGAUCAUAUUUUUCCUGGAUAAUGUUAUCAUGUGGUGGGAAAGCUUGCUCCUCUUAUCAGCCUAUUUUUCCUAUGUGGUUUUCAUGAAAUUCAACGUCCAAGUAGAAAGAUGGGUCAAGCAAAUGCUCAAUCGCAAUAAGGUCGUCAAGGUGACAGCACCAGAGGCCCAAGCAAAGUCAUCUACAGCCAGGGACAAGGAUGAACAGGCUCUACCGACUAAGCCACGUCUCCAGCGAGGUGGAAGUUCUGCCUCCCUCCACAACAGUCUCAUGAGAAACAGCAUCUUCCAGCUGAUGAUACACACCCUCGACCCACUUGCUGAAGAACUUGGAUCAUAUGGAAAACUAAAAUAUUAUGACACAAUGACUGAAGAAGGAAGGUUCAGAGAAAAGGCUUCGAUUCUCCAUAAGAUCGCCAAGAAGAAAUGCCAGGUGGAUGAGAACGAGAGGCAGAAUGGGGCUGCCAAUCACGUGGAAAAAAUCGAGCUCCCAAAUAGCACCAGCACAGAAGUUGAAAUGACAACACCCAGUGAUGCUUCGGAACCGGUACAAAAUGGAAAUCUCUCCCAUAACGUUGAAGCUGCGGAAGCACAGACCACAGAGGCUGGGGAAGAGGAGGAGGACCAACCUCUGAGCCUGGCCUGGCCUUCCAACACCCGCAAGCAAGUCACAUUCCUGAUUGUCCUCCCCAUAGUGUUUCCUCUCUGGAUGACCUUACCCGAUGUCCGCAAACCUUCAGCAAGGAAGUUUUUUCCCAUCUCAUUCUUUGGCUCCAUCACCUGGAUUGCAGUGUUCUCAUACUUGAUGGUCUGGUGGGCACAUCAGGUUGGAGAAACAAUUGGCAUUAGUGAAGAAAUCAUGGGUCUGACCAUCUUGGCUGCUGGAACCUCUAUCCCUGAUCUCAUCACGAGUGUCAUAGUGGCCCGGAAGGGGCUUGGGGAUAUGGCUGUGUCCAGCUCUGUUGGAAGCAACAUUUUUGACAUCACCAUAGGGCUCCCUCUGCCCUGGCUCCUGUAUACCCUCAUCCACAAGCUCCAGCCAGUGAAGGUCAGCAGCAAUGGCCUCUUCUGCGCCAUUGUGCUCCUCUUCAUCAUGCUGCUCUUCGUCAUUCUCUCCAUCGCCCUCUGCAAGUGGCGGAUGAACAAAGUGCUGGGCUUCACCAUGUUUGGCCUCUACUUUGUGUUCCUGGUGGUCAGCGUCCUCCUAGAAGACAGAAUUCUUGUGUGCCCUGUGUCCAUCUAACCAGAAGAGCUGGAUCUUGAACCAAUCGCAUGGAUGGUACCUCCCCACUGUGGGUUCCUGGCUCCUUGACCUCCUGAGAAGAGGCAGCUGGCAUACAGCCCUGGGUAUUUCGAGGGUCCCUCCUUGGCCGACUAGAGGAGGGAUGGAUUCACACUGGGUCCACUCAUCUCACGGGCUGCUUCUGCCCUGGCCUGCUGAAACAGCUUCAUGCAAGACAUAGAGAGAACCGUGCAUUUGAGGCUUCUCUCCAUUCACCACUGACAGGUACUCCUCGCUGGUCGGAGGUACAUUUGUUGUAAUAAUGCAAACAGUGACAGAGGCUACAUAUAUACAUAUAAACUAUACAUAUUAUAAAUAGAUGCACAUGAACACACGCCUGCCUGCUCCUGUAUUAUACCUCUCUUUCCAUACCUAUAGAGUAAUAUAUACCUGUACACAAAC